GCUCUUGCAAUCAAAAAUUAUAUCAUGAACCACAACAUGAGACUAGAAAUCUUUAGUAAGUUCUCUCCUCUUAAGUUACUUUCGGUGGCUGAUACUCGUUUUACUUCCAUUAUUGUGAUGCUUAAAAGACUGAAGCUUAUCAAAACCGGCCUCCCAGCCAUGGUUAUAAGCGAGGAGUGGUCUACUUAUCGAGAUGAUGACGUUGAGAAAGCUAAUUUCGUUAAGAGUAAGCUUUUGAAUGAUAAUUCGUGGGACAAAGUGUCUUAUAUUAUUGAUUUCACAAGACCUAUAUAUGACAUGAUCAGAUUUUGUGACACUGAUAAACCAUGCCUUCAUUUGGUGUAUGAGAUGUGGGAUUCCAUGAUUGAGAGGGUGAAGUUUGAGAUAUACAAGAAAGAAGAACGUGAAAUGUCUGAUUUUAGUGUCUUCUAUGAUGUGGUUUACGAAAUCUUAGUGGCUCGUUGGGCGAAGAAUAACACUCCUCUACAUUGCUUAGCUCACUCGUUAAACCCAAGUGAAGCUUGGCUAACUGAAGAUUCCACGAGAAUUAGUCCUCAUAAGGAUGGAGAAAUCUCAACUGAGAGGAUGAAAUGCUGCCGAAGAUUGUUUCCUAGUACUGAAGAUCAUACUAAAGUUAUGAUUGAGUAUGCAUUAUUCUCGACGAAGAGUGGUCCUUUUGAGGAUUUAACAUGCAUUUUGGAGAUAUCUACUAUGGAACCUAAACUUUGGUGGGCUAAUUUUGGUGCUCAUACUCCUUAUCUCCAGACUUUGGCGUUCAAGCUUCUUGGACAACCUAGUUCUUCUUCUUGUGCUGAGCGUAAUUGGAGUACAUACUCAUUUAUCCAUUCUCUUAAAAGAAACAAAUUGACUACAAGUCGGGCUGAAGACUUGGUUUACAUUCACAACAAUUUGCGGCUUCUAUCAAGAAACACCCAAGAUUAUCAAGAUGAAAAGACAAAACAGUGGGAUGUUGGUGGACAUGAAGGUGAUAUUUAAGCUGAGGCUGGAAUAUUGGAGUUCACAAACCUUUCAUUAGAUGAUCCAGAUUUAUAAAAUG